UUCGGACCGCGCAUGCGUGCAGUCCGCGGGCGCCUGAACUCCGGGGCUUCCGUAGGGUCAAACAUGGCGGCCGCCCUUCUACGAGAGCUGGGUUCACUGUGGGUACCUAACCUGAGGAUCUGGGCAACGCAGGCGCUGCGAGUUUCACCCCAAUCAUGUAUCCACACAAGUGCUUCUCUUGACGUUUCUCGAAAAUGGGAGAAGAAGAAUAACAUUGUUUACCCACCUCAACUGCCUGGCGAACCUCGGAGACCAGCAGAAAUUUACCAUUGUCGGAGACAAAUAAAAUACAGCAAGGACAAGAUGUGGUAUCUGGCAAAAUUGAUACGCGGUAUGUCCAUCGAUCAGGCUUUGGCUCAGUUGGAGUUCAAUGAUAAAAAGGGAGCUCAAGUAAUUAAAGAGGUUCUCUUAGAAGCACAAGAAAUGGCAGUGAGAAACCACAAUGUGGAAUUCAGAUCCAACUUGUACAUAGCGCAGUCUACCUCAGGUCGAGGCCAGUGCCUCAAGCGCCUCCGUUACCAUGCUCGAGGUCGCUUUGGCAUCAUGGAGAAGGUCUAUUGCCACUAUUUUGUGAAGCUGGUGGAAGGACCCCCACCCCCACCUGAAGCCCCCAAGACAGCAGUUGACCACGCCAAGGAGUAUAUUCAGCAGCUUCGCAACCGGACCAUCAUCCACGCUCUGUGACAGCCCUUCUGGCUCCUCAGUGUAUAUAGUUCACAUUUAUUUUAAAAAGUAAAAACAAGUGAUUUUUA